AUGGCCAACAUUCCCUUAGCGUCGAGUACCAUCGUGCCAACCAUCGGACAUGCUUCGAAUGAGCCGCCACGGUUGACGUCAGAUAUGCAACGAAACAUCGCGAAGCAAGGUUUCGGCGACACGUCUAGUCAACACUCAGGAUCAUCGAAGCAGUCUUCGAAGCAGUUAAGGUUGAAACUUCAGAUGCAAAUGCUCGACGAGGAAAGGAAAUUACAAGAACAGGAAUAUGCGAGGAAAAAAGAGUAUCUUCACAAGCGAUACAAUCUUCUGAUGGAAAUUGCAAGCGAAACCUCAUCCGUAGUAGACGUCGAGGAAGAGAACCGAGAUGAAAUAGUAGAUGAAUGGUUAAAUGUUGGGAUGAAUAUGGAUCACAUUCCGGCUCAACAUGGGCCAUUACCUUCGCAUUCACAGCAACAUGGGAUGCCUCCUUCUACUCAGCUAACACAACGAAGAAAUCCCACUCUACACCGGCAAACAAAUUCGACAGAGCAUCAGAAUGCCGCCUUUCCUCAACCCGAUGUACCCAUUCAGCAAUCCUGUGUCCCUGGAUUUAGUCGAAUGAGAAUCGAAACGGGUCCAUCACGCGGCAUUCACAACCGAAGAUUAAGAAUCGAUGAACCGAGCCAUGUUACAACGAUAGAGGACGAUUGCAAUAAUUUAACACGGAGUCAAGUUGUUGCUCGUCAAGCCGUGUCGCGUGAACUGCCUGUUUUUAGCGGAACCCCUGAAGAAUGGCCGCUGUUUCUAUCAUCUUUCACAACGACUACGAGCAUGUGCGGCUUCACACCUGAAGAGAAUCUUGUACGUUUGCAAAAGUGCCUCUCUGGAAAGGCACACGAUGCGGUGAAAUGUAUGUUAAUGCACCCGUCCAAUGUUCCACAAAUAAUCGCAACUUUGAAGAUGCGAUUCGGAAACCCCGAGGUCAUCGUACAUAAUCUCAUAACAAAAAUCAGUUCUACACCUGCGCCGAAAGUAGAUAAAUUGGACUCGAUCAUCGAAUUCUCUCUAGCCGUACAAAACCUGUGUGCAACGAUUGAAGCAUGCCAACUGGAGGAGUACACCUAUAAUGUGGCACUGCUUCGCGAGCUUGUGGACAAACUUCCCCCAUCGAUAAAAUUCGAGUGGGCUAAAUAUCGUCGUGAUUUCGCCAGUGUAAAUCUUUCUAUUUUUUCUGCAUGGUUGUACGAGAUCGCUGAAACAAUCUGUCCUCUUGUGGCUUUGCCUAGCGAAUCGAGGGUCCAUCGGUCUGGUAAAAACUACCCAACAUACUUGAACGCUCAUGCCGAAGAUGUGAACGAGAAAUCUGUGCCCCCCAAGCAAGCCGACAAUAAGUGUUUGGUGUGCAAAGGCAGCUGUACUAGUGUUGAUAAAUGUCAACGGUUUGAGGAAUUCAGCUACAACUCCAAGUGGGCCACUAUAAAGGAGCUGGGCCUAUGCAGGAAGUGUUUGAGGGCCCACAAAGGAGCGUGCAAAUCUCAAAAGCUCUGUGGCAAAAAUGGAUGUGAAUAUAAACACCACUACUUGUUGCAUAAUAACCAGCGUGAUGUCGUCGCCCCAACGGAUCAAGAUUGCGGAAAUAGUACAGCUUCUGUAUCCAGAGAAUUAUCCGAAAGCCGAUGCAAUACUCAUCACAUGCCGACUAACAAAAAUCUGUUUCGAGUUGUGCCUGUUGUGUUGUACGGCGCAGGAAGGCGUUUGAAAACUUUCGCGUUUCUGGAUGACGGUUCGUCGCUCAGCUUUAUAGAUGAAACAUUAGCGAAGGAGUUAGCAAUCACAGGGAAACGAGAACCUCUAUGCCUCAAGUGGACGGCAAACACAAGUCGCAUGGAAAACGAAUCAUCUAAUCUGACGUUGCAAAUCUCUGGAACUAAAGAGUACCAUAAAAAGUACACUAUUCGUGGAGUUCACACGGUCUCAAGCUUAGAUCUGUUUCGACAAUCUGUGAACGUGCGGGAGCUUUGCGCUCAAUAUCAACAUUUGCGUGGAAUUCCUGUGGAAUCAUACCAAAAUGUGCAACCGAGGUUGCUCAUAGGAGUUAACAACGCGAAUCUAAGUUAUCCACUGAAAGGACGAGAAGGACAGAUGUUCGAACCCAUUGCAACCAAAACACGCCUUGGAUGGGUAAUUCACGGAGGAUCAGAAACCAACGAAUCGUUCCUUGGAUACCACAGCAUCCAAGCGUGCACAUGUGAUGCAAACACGGCUGAUUCUUUGGGAAAUGCCAUACGUGAAUACUUCUCACUGGAAGGAGUAGGUAUUACCAAACCCGAGACUCCUCUUUUAUCCUGUGAAGACAGAAGAGCCCAGCAGAUUCUGGCUUCGGUCACUCAGACGGAGAAUGGUCAUUACCAAACCCCUCUUCUUUGGAAAUACGAUAACUUCCGCUUACCAAACAGUAAACCUGUGGCACUGAGGAGGUUUCAUUGUUUGGAAUCAAGAAUGCAGAAAGAUCCUGUCCUGGGUGCCAUGGUAAGAGCGAAAAUCAACGAUUACCUGAAACUCGGUUACGUUAGGAAGCUCACGAAAGAAGAAGACGAAAUGAGAAUUGAUCGCAAGUGGUUUAUUCCAAUAUUCCCCGUAUUCAAUCCCAACAAACCGGGAAAGAUUAGAAUUGUAUGGGACUGGGCAGCAAAAACCAACGGAUUGUCGUUAAACUCCAUGCUUUUAAAAGGACCGGACCAGCUCAUUCCUCUGAACGAUGUUUUGUACAAGUUCCGAGAAAACAAAAUUGGGAUCAGCGGCGACAUACGGGAGAUGUUUUUGCAGGUGUUGAUUGCCAAAGAAGAUCAGUAUUGUCAGUUAUUCCUAUGGAAGGAAAACCCAACAGAUGAAGCACCUAGCACGUAUGUGACACAAGUUAUGACGUUUGGGGCCUGUUGCUCUCCGAGUUGUGCCCAAUAUAUUAAAAACGCGAAUGCUGAAAAGUACGCAGACAAGCACCCAAGAGCGGUCGAAGCAAUCACCAAACAACAUUAUGUGGAUGACAUGCUGUUGAGUGUCGAAACGGAGGAAGAAGCUAUCCAAUUGGCUCAAAAUGUUCGCGACAUACACGCUACGGCAGGCUUUGAAAUCAGGAAUUGGAUAUCGAAUUCACCAGCUGUCAUUCAAGCCCUUGAGGAAGAGAAAACGGAACAAAAAAGCCUCAACAUUGGAUCAGAGUUGGCCACGGAGAAAGUUUUGGGAAUGUGGUGGUGUACCAGCACGGACAGUUUCAUCUACAAAUUGUCUUCCAAACAUAGUGCUUCGCUUCUAGCCGGACAACGUGUUCCCACCAAAAGGGAAGUUUUACGUACACUUAUGUCUAUAUUCGACCCUUUGGGCCUGCUAUCCAACGUGUUGAUCUUCCUCAAAAUACUGUUCCAGGAAAUUUGGAGAUCCUCCAUAGGCUGGGAUGACCAAAUUCCAGACCACUUACACGAUAAAUGGGAACAGUGGCUGCGCAUUUUACCAAAAGUUCAAGAAGUCACAAUUCCUCGUUGCUACCGAUCUGUGAUCACCAUUAGUUCCGAAACCUUGGUCCAACUGCACACAUUCGUGGACGCCAGUGAACUAGGAUAUGCAGCGGUGGUGUACCUACGUUUUCAGCAAGGUGACGCAGUGGAGUGCACUAUAGUUGGAGCGAAAUCGCGAGUAGCCCCGCUGAAAUUUGUCUCUAUACCGAGACUAGAACUGCAGAGCGCCGUCAUUGGUGUGAGACUUGCCAGUGCAAUAUCAAACGCCUUGUCAUUCAAAAUCGACGAAUGUUUCUACUGGACUGAUGCUCGUGAUGUUUUAUGCUGGUUAAGAUCGGAUCAUCGCAGAUACUCUUCGUAUGUGGCAUGGCGAGUCAGUGAAAUAUUGGACGCAACGGAUGUCAAAACCUGGCGAUGGGUCAGCUCCAAGGACAACGUAGCUGAUCAAGCUACAAAAUGGAAACGACAGGUAGAUCUCAGUAGCAGCAGCAAGUGGUACAAAGGACCAGAUUUUCUCCAGCGGUCUACCGAAUAUUGGCCCACUGAACCAUUCUCAACAGUCUCUACAAAAGAAGAGCUUCGAGCAAGUCUGUUGUAUCACCACGUAGUUCCAGAUCCACUUCUUCAAGUUGAACGAUUUUCAACGUGGAAACGCAUUCUUAGAGUGACGGCGACGGUUGUUAGAUUCGUCUCCAAUAUUCGUAGUAAAAUCGGCAAGACUGCGUGCAGCACUGGCCCUUUUUCCAGAAGUGAGUUGCAGCAAGCUUCAAACAUACUCUACCGACAAGCUCAAAGCAGAGUCUAUCAGGACGAAAUAAGUCUUCUGUUACGUCCAGCAGCCGAGCGGAAGAUGAUUCCUAGGAACAGCUCUAUAUUCAAUCUAAAUCCUUUUCUCGACGAGAAUCGUGUGCUGCGAAUGCGUGGUAGAAUUAGCGCCUGCGAGUACGUUACUGCUGAUGCCCAUAACCCAAUAAUACUCCCGAAGGAAGACUACAUAACUAUGUUGGUCAUAAAGGAUUACCACAGUCGGUAUCAUCACCGAAAUCACGAAACCGUACUGAACGAGUUGCGCCAAGUAUUUCGGAUUGCAAAACUACGUGUGCUGUUCAAGAAAGUGAGAGCGACCUGUCAAUUGUCUUCCCCGCACAUGGGGGGAGCCUGGGAACGGUUGGUCCAAACUGUGAAGGCCAAUCUGUUACAACUGAAACCAGGACGACACCCUACCGACGAAGUUUUGCGCAACUGUCUAAUGGAAAUUGAAAACCUUAUAAAUUCGCGCCCAUUAACCCACGUUCCUGUCGAUGAUCCAGAAGCACCUGUUCUAACUCCGAAUCACUUUAUCCUGGGAUCGUCCAGUGGUCUCAAACCAGCCUCAAUCCUGGACGAUAGUGGUAUUGUGUUGCGAAGAGCCUGGCGUGCAUCGCAGGUUGAAGCAAACAUCUUCUGGCAACGAUGGCUGCGAGACUACUCUCCAGAAUUAACCAGACGAACGAAAUGGUUCACCGACGUAAAAGCGAUAGAGGAAAAUGACAUCGUGCUCAUCGUCGAUCCCGCACUUCCGCGCAACUGCUGGCCGAAGGGUCGAGUCGUUGGGGUAAACCGAGGAAAGGACGCUCGUAUAAGAUCAGCUGCAAUCCAAACAGUGAAUGGUAUCUACGAACGACCAGCAACGAAGAUCGCCGUUCUGGAUGUACGACGCGAUAAGGAGGUAAGCCAGGCAUCUGGCGUACCCCGGGGGGAGUGUCACGACCCCUCGGUCGGCGCUUCCUAUCCAGCCGAUCGUUCUUCUAGAUCAACUAUGGUCGUCGGGCGCAAAAGUCAUUCUUGA